AUGCCUAGACGUGCCAACACUCCCUCUCAGGCAGAUAAAAGCAAGGCUUGCCGCUAUCAUCAAAACAGGGGUCACACCACCGAAGAGUGCACAACGCUGAAAGAUAAGAUUGAAGAAUUAAUCAAGGAAGGACAUCUAAAAGAUUUUGUGCAGACAAGUCUUGUCGGUCAAUCUAACAGAAGAAGGGACCGUAACCUUGAGUCAUCAAGGAGAUAUGACAAUAGACAUGAACGACAGAGGAGUAGGUCCCGGGAACCUCCAACUAGACGAUAUGAUGAACGUGAAAAGUAUCCUAAAAGGGUCAUUAAUACCAUAGCUGGAGGGUUUGCCGGGGGAGGACAUACCCAUUCAGCCAGAAAGAGACACUUGAGACAAGUCAGAUCAAUCAAUAAUAUCUCACUUGGAAGUGGGAUUCGGAUCCCCCCUAUUACAUUUACUGAUGAAGACUUUCAAGGAGUGGAUCCUGUACAAGAUGACCCCAUGGGAAGUUCUGCUGACAUACUCUACUGGAAUACUAUCAAACAACUGGGAAUACCAGAAGAGAAACUUAAAGAAUACCGAGAACCCUUAGUCGAUUUUUCAGGGGAGCGGGUAAAGACGCGUGGGUGUAUCGACCUUUACACCUCAUUUGGAUCAGAGCAUGAAGGAAAGCGCAUCAAGGUCACGUAUCUGGUAGUGCAUGCAAAUACCUCGUAUAAUAUCCUACUUGGCAGACCAUCCCUAAACAAGUUGAAGGCCAUAGUAUCUACUCCGCACUUGGCUAUGAAGUUUCCAUCUGAAAGAGGCCGAAUCAUUACAGUCCACGCUGAUCAGAAGACAGCUAGAGAAUGCUACUUUGCAAGCCUACGUCUUAAACCUUUCCAUGGGAGUAACCGAGAUGUCAAUAUUGUAUCCCCUCGGUUCGGAGAGGAAUUGGAUGUUGAACUUGAUCCUAGAAUGGAUGAGGGGUAUCGGGUUGAGCCUAGUGAAAACAAGCAGCCUUUCUAA